AUGAGAAAAGCCGCCCUCCUAGGUGCUCCAGAAAAGGCCGUUUCACCAGCUGCACUGGCUGAUCCACUGGACCUUACUGUCAGGAAGGUGUGGAUAUGGUCAAAAGCCAAGUUCAUCAAUAGGAAAUUCCUAAUGGAGGAACUUUACCAGCGCUUUCUAGAUGGAGAUAACAGCCCUGUGGCUCCAGAAGACGACCCUUUCUGGGAUCCUGUCGAGGUCAUCCACUUGGGCUCAGCUCGCGUCUGGCUCCAGUCGCUGGCCUACUGCAUGAAGCUGGAGGAGCAAGUGGAGUUUCUGAACUGUGACGGGCUGGAGGAGGCGGUGCUGCACAUCUGCAUAGCGCCCUGCUCCCCGACAGGACAAAUCUUUGGCUCAUCUGUCCCUUUUCUUUACAAAUGUGUCCCUUCUGGUUUUAAAUUUUAUGUUCUUCUCAGGUACAGAAUUUACGACCUUCCAAACACUAUCUAUACCAAACCUGUAUGGAAAAGUGUGAAUCCACAAAUUGAAGAGACUGUCCAAUUUGCAGCCUUAACUGCAUCUCAGGAGUUUCUGAAUUAUCUGCAGACAAAUGCCCUUAUUGUUGACCUAUGGGGCCUUCAAGAAGGCUGCACCGUCCCCACUACAGAAGGCUGCACCGAGCUGAGCUGCUCUCAGCAGGGCCUCAUGGUCACAGGUGAAGGCCACAUCCUGGUAGACACCAAGAAAAUUUCCACUGUGAAGGAUCCAAGCCAGGCGGCCUCAGACCAGAUACCAGAACUUUAUCUGAAGCUGCUCAAGCUAGAGCAGGAGACAGAGCUGCUCAGGAACAUCAACAGAGCCCUGAGAGAGGAGAACAUGCUUCUCAAAGAAUCACUUGCGAAAACUGCUUCUGGGCAAGCCCGGAAGCCUUCCGACACUCUGAAGGUCAGCGGGAUGACUGCGCAACUGCCCUCCGCCAGGGACACGAGUUGAAUGUGCACACAGCAAGCUGGCUCCGACCGAGGACUCGCCCAGGCUCUGAAGGUGUUCUACUAAAGCAUGAACACGGCAAGAGGGCAGCUUUUCAGACUGAGACAGUAUAAACCUCCUGAAGAUGAUCAAAUGCUUCGACCAUUCGUAAACCAACGGUCACAGAUGUUUAAGGAUUUGGGGGAUCUACUUGAAUCCAGCUUGUGGAAACUGAAAAAGGAUGUUGCUCUUAUAGUGAAAAAGAAGAGAGAAUAUUUACUGCAUGUCAAGUAGUGAAGACACACCAACUAAAAACUGAAGAUAUUCAAGCUUCAAGUUGUGAAGAUGAUUUGUGUAGCUAACAAGCUUACCUCAUUUCCCACUUACUUUACCUAUUUCUUCUACCAGUUUUAAGCAAAACGUUCUUUCCAUGUGAUUGUAAAUCAUCUCCAUAACCUAAAGGCUGCUUGAAUGGCCCUCCGUUCCUGACGCAUAGAGGGGAACCACACACACUGGGGUCUAUUUGAGGUUGGAGGGUGGGAGGAGGGAGAGGGCGAAUGAUUAGCACUCGGAGCUCUGGGAUCAGACUGCCGAGGUGAAAUCCCGGUUGAGUCCAUCACUUACUAACUGCAGGAUUUGGGGCCACUGACUUUCCCUCUCUAAGCCCCUCUUUCCUCAUUUGUUUUAUGGGAAGGAUAACAGUAUUUAUUGCAAAUGGUUAAUGAACGUAAAGCACUUAGAACAGUGCCUGAAACACAGACGUGAUUGAUAAGCAUUCACCAUUAAUAUUUUUAUGGUAAACAGUUCAAAACUUCAAAUGAAGCUCUUUUAUCUAUAUUGCUUGCUGUCAGACCUACAGACAAUGGUUAUUUCAUGUCUCUCAUUUUGUAUCUUGCUCUGAGCAAGUUUGAAUUCUACCUCUACUUAUUAUUCUCUUCUCAUAAGUUUAUCUGAAAUACUGUUAUGUUCGAUUUUUUCAGCAGCAGGAGUGCCCGUAUGAUGGGACCUUUUCAGUGUAGGGUCUGCGGUUCAAGGAUUAUAACUGUUAGUGAAAGCUCUGUUAGGAGUUAGUCUAUCUUGAAGCCAAUCCUGAUUCCACAAAUUGACUGAUGGGUGUUAGUCAAGGAUAUGAUAAAAAGCUCAACACCACUGAUCAUUAGAGAAAUGCAAACCCAAACCACAAUGAGACACCCUCUCACACCAGUCAGAAUAGCUAUUA